AUGGCGGAUAUUAUGAUUCCGAAUGUCCGCUCACCGUUAUCUGAAGCUUCGAAUCGAAUCAACUCGAACCAUCCCCCUCAGGAAGCUCAUCGGUACAAACCACGCCACGACCGCCCUCCCGCGUCGACCAACAACCCCCCACGCGCAAGCUAUGGGCAUCCCGCUGCAUACUUUUCUGGCCGGCCUCCUCCUACGCAACCGCAGUCGACUGGCCCAAAACCACAAGGAAAUCCUACACUGAAACCACCUACUGACAUGGACGAUGAUCGUCGACACUCGGGGGCAUCUUACGAUUCUUCGGGCAGUGGUCACAGCAAGAAGAAUUAUAAGACGCACAUCGGCCCCUGGCAGUUAGGCAAGACUCUCGGCAAAGGCUCAUCUGCACGUGUACGGCUAUGUCGCCACAACGUAACUCACCAGCUAGCCGCUGUCAAGAUUGUCAACAGGCGAAUGGCAUAUCUUGUACAGGAUAGCAGUUUAGCUGCUCUCAGCAAAUGGGAUAAUAACCUCCCAGAGCAGAUUGAUGGCGAGAUACGUGUCCCCAUGGCCAUCGAACGAGAAGUGGCCAUUCUCAAGCUCAUCGAGCACCCGCACAUCAUGAAGAUAUAUGAUAUUUGGGAGAACCGCUCAGAAGUUCCCCAUUACGCAGCACCCGAACUCCUCAAGAACCGACAAUAUCGGGGCGACAAAGCCGACCUUUGGAGUAUGGGUGUCAUCCUUUUUGCCAUGCUCACUGCGACUCUUCCAUUUGAUGAUCCGGACAUACGCGUUAUGAUGUCUAAGACGAAGAAGGGUCAAUAUGAGAUGCCAGAUUACCUCAGCCCAGAGGCCGAGGACCUGAUCAGGCGAAUGCUGCAGGUCAACCCCGACCGGCGCAUCACCCUCAAGGAGAUAUGGCGCCAUCCUUUGGUCAAAAAGUAUGCGUAUCUUGACAAUCUUGACGAUCUCAACAGCCAACCUCCUGAUAUACGCAAAGGAUUUCAAUAUACCCCUGUGCCCGCUCAAGACGUGGAUUCUCAGCUGGUUCGUCAGCUGCGGUCCAUGUGGCACACGUUCAGCGAAAACGAUUUGAAGCUGAAGCUCACAUGUGAUGAGCCCAACGAUCAAAAAGCUUUCUAUUGGUUGUUGUAUCAGUACCGAGAGCAACAAUUAGAAGACUUCAAGCCCGAAAUUGCUCACUCGACAAGUGACUAUCAUCACAUGAAACCAGGUACAUGGAAGAAACGUGUGUCAACUUGUGAAUUCGCGCAGCCGGGCAGUAAUGGUCAUGGACGUUCCAUUUCACGGUUCACUGUGAUCUCGAAUGCAACUGAACCAGACAGAUCCGCAAGCCGCGAGCCUCUCCAAGAAGACGGUAUGUUGCGAUCUCGCACUUCCCAAACUUUCCAGCCAAGGUCAUAUAUUGAUUGUCACUCCUAUCUAGACAAUGGCUCUUACACCGGGCAACCAAAAAGGCUUCGAAGUGGAUCAAGUGCGCGCCGUGGACGUGGAACAUCAACUCGAACCUCCACCACAGGACGCCUACUAUCAUCGAGAGGCUCGCUGUCGUCCAUGCACAGCAGUCGACAAGGCACGCCGCAUGCACGCAACGCGCGCCACAAACGAGGAGUCGACUUCACGCAUGUUAGGAAGAGGUCCACUUCUACCAACGGUAAUAGGAGUGGCUCUGUGCCACCUUAUGUCACGGAACAAGGAUCAACCUACCAGCUUGAGAUGGCUCGACCAUUUACACCAGAUGUUUCAGAACUCCCAAGUACUGUACUGCCAAAGACGAAAGACAGGCAUGAGGCUCAAGUCAACACAAAACGCGCUUCUGGACAAGCAAUGCGAAUAGCAUUAGGAUCACGAUAUGCAUCAGAGAUCUUCAAGGAAGAACUACGCCAUUUCAGCAGCAACAUUGCUAAGGAUUGCGACGAAGCUUUCAAGAGCUCAUUGAUAGAAGAAGACUCCAUUGCUGGCUCACUCACAGAACCGGAUAGAACCCAGUACGAGUCAACGCCCAUAUCCUUCACUAUCGACGCUCCGGAUGAAUCAGCUCCAGACAUUCUUGACUUGACGGCCAAAUCUUUCAGUAACCGGCCUCUUCCGCCUCUCCCCACACCUUUACAGGGCCACGAUGAACGUUCGCUAGCUCCAACCCCUAUCGGGUCGCGACCAACAACUGGCGACUCACACUUGGAGGAGCUGCGUGCCGAACAAGUCAAAGUUGCUCAGCCAGUCAUUCUCACGAGGCACGCAGAGCGCCGAGUCGUCUCAGCCCCAGCUUACCAUCAGAAAUCGAAAAUGAAUCCGGCUCUUCCGUCUAUCAACGAAACAGGGGCCAUAUCUAACGACAAGGCUCGUAUCGUGUCAGCCCCUCCUCACACGCCGACAAAGAGAGGGGUGGAUAGAAUCCGUGGCAUUGAGUACCUUAGCCAAGUCGAAAACAGUAUUCGAGUGGUAAACUCACCAGGAGAUGAGAGUCCAGUCAAGAUGCCUAAACCUCUCAAUGUGCGAAAGAAGGUGACUGGACCUCGACAUGGGAAUGCCACUUCCUUUGCUCAACGUCCAGGGCCAGAUUCGACGUCUCAACGCAGCGAAGAUGAGGGCACGUCCGCAAAUACAACACUCCUGGAUCAUUCUUCGCAUGAUAGUUCUGCGAUAGCGAAGAAGAAGAAGAAGACGUCAUGGUUCAAGCGUGCUUCCCAGGUCGAAUCCCAACACGGUCGAGAAUCUGUCGACUGGCAAGAUUGCAACUCAUACUUAACCUCUAGCGACGGCAAGCGAAGCGACUCUACUACAACAGAUGCCCCCUCCAAGAAGAAGACAUUCAACUUUAAUUUCUGGAAGAGCAACAAACAAAGAGAUUCCAUCAUGUCCAUCACAAAAGAGCCUGAUGACAAGGAGGAGCGUCCUUCCGUUGAGUUGAGUGUCGUUGGUAAGACCAACACUUCAACAAAGGUAUCGCAAUCUAGGUGGCAUGAGUCGAACUCCGGGCCAGUACGAAACAUCGAAGUCAAACAGAACUGGCUCGCGCGUUUGUUCAGAGUCAAGCCAGCAACAGAUCAUAUCUGCAUGACUAUUUCGAGAAGACGCGCACGACAGGAGGUUACCAUUCUCCUGCGGGAGUGGCGCAAGUACGGCAUUCGGGACAUUCAGGUAGACAAGCAAAGGAACAUUGUCUUUGCACGGGUCGCAGAUAAGAACUUUUUGAACCUGAAAGAAGUGUCCUUUGCAGCCGAGGUUAUCACGGUGAUUGAGCAUGGCAAGAAGCAGCCGCUCAGCAUUAUCCGAUUCACACAGGAGCGGGGAGCUGCUAGCAGCUUCUAUCGGGUAGUUGAUACCAUGAGAAUGAUGUUCGAGACAAGGGCUUUGGUCAUUUCCGACAAGAACAAGCAGAAGAUGAUGAUCAAGACGCUCAACUCUUGA